GUUAAUUGGAGCAGAUUACUACUGGCAGGCUGUUACUGGAAAGGUCCAAAGGGUUACAGAUUCAUUAGUGGCAGUUGAAACCCUUUUUGGAUGGGCUUUACAGGGACCAGUGACUACCUCCAGUGUUACAGACACCACGUGUAUGCACAUUAGUUUGAACGAAGACACCCAGCUGUCUAAGCAGUUGCAUGCAUUCUGGGAGGUGGAGUCCCUGGGUAUUGUAAACAAACAGUCAGAAAGCCCAGAGGACUCAGAAAUUAUGCAACGUUUUGAACAAACAACAACAUUUGAAGACGGAAGGUACCAAGUUGAGUUACCCUGGCAAUGUGACAAAGACCAGCUUCCAGACAACUUCAGGGUAGCGAAGAAACGCUUUGAGAAUCUAACAAGAAGGCUGAAGACUGAUGUAAAUUUAUUUGCCAGAUACAACGAUGUAAUAGAAGACUAUCUUCAAAAUGGUAUCUGUGAGGAGGUUGCAGAUGGAAAACCAGAAAUGGAUCAACAGACUGUGAAAUAUUAUAUGCCUCAUCAUGCUGUAAUAAGAGAAGAAAAGGCCACAACCAAACUUCGAGUGGUAUUUGAUGCAUCCUCACAUGAGGCAAACAGUCCAUCCCUCAACGACUGUCUGUACACUGGACCUAACCUGAACCCAAACCUGCUAGAUGUGCUCAUAAAGUUCAGAUUGCACAAGAUAGCAUUUACUGCUGAUAUAACUAAGGCUUUUCUUCAAAUCUCACUAGCAGAAAAGGACAGAGAUGCUGUCAGGUUCUUGUGGAUGCACAGACCUUUAGCUGAGGACUGGAAAAAUGAGGUGCGUGUCCUGAGGAUGAAAAGAAUUGUUUUUGGAGUAACUCCCAGCCCAUUCUUGCUUGCUGCCACCAUCAGAAAACAUCUCAAACAAUUUGAAAGAAAACAGCCAAGGGCAGUACAGGCUCUCAGAGACUCUAUGUAUGUAGAUGACUUUAUUUCAAGCUCACCUACUGUGCAGGAUGCUCUUCACAUGACAACUGCAGCAAAGUACAUUCUCUCUCAGGCAAGCAUGAACCUCUGCAAAUGGGUUACCAACUCACCUGAUCUGAAAGCCAUGUGGAAAGAGAAUGGAGUAGAGCUCACUGGUGAUACAGAGUCCAGUGGAAAUGUGCUUAAAGUACUUGGACUGGUUUGGAGACCGGAACACGAUGAUUUUGUGUUUGAUCAAAAGGGGUUAAUGGACAUUUUGAAAGACAGAGAAAAUACAAAAAGAAGUGUACUAAGAACAUCAGCCCGUAUAUUCGACCCUAUUGGGUUUCUUACUCCUUUUACAGUCCGAGUAAAGUGCCUUUUCCAAGAGAUGUGGGAAAAGGGACUGAGUUGGGAUGAACCAUUACCUACUGACUUAGAAAAGAAGUGGGAGCAGUGGUGUGUGGAGUUACCACUGUUACACCUGGUGUCUAUUCCCAGGUGGUACCACACUGAGAUCAACAAAGAGUCACACACUGUAAAGUUGCAUGUCUACUGUGAUGCAAGUGAAAAGGCUUACGGUGCUGUGGCAUAUCUUCAAGGACAAAACAACCUAGGAGAGACUAUUACCAGUUUUGUGGCCUCCAAGUCACGAGUAGCACCAUUAAAGAAAAUGACAUUACCUCGCUUGGAGCUCAUGGGUGCACUUAUUGGAGCAAGAUUAGGAAACAGCCUCCUUAAGCCACUGAACAUGGAGAAAAACCAACUCAACAUGUGGACGGACUCUAUGAUUACGCUUCACUGGAUCCGCAGCUCAUCAUGUCGAUGGAAACCAUUUGUGAGCAACAGAGUGGCAGAAAUACAAGGGCUCACAAAUCCAGAACUCUGGUCCCACUGUGCUGGCAAAAUGAACCCUGCCGACCUUCUUACGCGGGGUUACCAUGCUCGGAGCCUUAUUGAGAGCCAGCUGUGGUGGAAGGGACCCACUUCACUGUCUACAGAUGAGAAGGAGCUGAAUAUUUGUAAUGACUAUGUAUUGGAUGAAGUGAAUGCAGAGCUGAGGGCUGGGUAUGAGACUGUCGUGCAGUUCACUGGCACCGAGCAAACUGAACCUCUGUUAAACUUAGAAAAGUACAGCAAGCUUAAGACCACGUUAAGAAUCACUGCAUGGGUAAAGCGGUUUGUUAGUAACACAAGAUCUUGUCUGAAGGUUCAGGGAGAGUUAAGUACAGAAGAACUUGGUGCAGCUGAAAUGUACUGGAUUAAGGCAACACAAGAGAGUUGUUUCAGUUCUGAAAUAUCGCAGUUAAGGUCAAACCAAAAUGUGAAGGUAGAUUCAAAAAUCAAAGAUUUGAAACCAUUCUUAGAUGAAAAUGGUCUAAUAAGUGUUGGGGGAAGACUGCAGAAUUCAGAUCUUAGUUUCAGAGAACAACACCCUUGGAUACUACCGACAAAUCACAAGUAUUCUGAACUAUUAGUUCAGUCAUGUCACGAAAGAGUGAUGCAUUCUGGUGUAAGAGACACAUUAACUCAAGUUAGAGAACAAUAUUGGAUUUUGAGAGGCAGACAGCUUGUAAGAAACAUUGUUUCAAAAUGUUACAUUUGCAAAAAACUAAAGGUUAAGGCAGCACAACAGAUUACUGCUCCCUUACCUCGAGACAGAGUAAUAGAAUCACCUCCCUUUGAAGUUACUGGUGUAGAUUUUGCUGGACCCUUAUAUGUUAAAACUAAGGACGGGUCUGUAAAAUCAUAUAUAGCACUGUUUACAUGUGCAGUGACAAGAGCAGUACACUUAGAGUUGGUCUCAGAUCAGACUACAGAGAAUUUCUUAUUGGCCUUAAAGAGAUUCAUUGCAAGACGAGGUCUAUGUAGGGUCAUUUACUCUGACAACGCUAGAACAUUCAAAAGAGCUGACAAAGAUUUAAAAGAGUUAUGGCAAAAUAUCUUAGGAUCGACACUCACAGAGUUUUUCACUGACAAGGGAAUCACAUGGAAGUUUAUCGCUGAGCGAGCAGCUUGGUGGGGGGGAUUCUGGGAAAGGCUUGUGAGAUCUGUAAAAACAUGCUUAAGAAAGGUACUGGGGAAAGCAUCUUUGAGUUUUGAGGAGCUCACAACUGUUCUUACUGAAGUUGAGGCAGUUUUGAACUCUAGGCCUCUGUCCUAUGUAACUAGUGAUGCAUUAGAGCCCCAGCCACUUACCCCAUCUCAUUUCCUAGUUGGUAAACGCUUAACUUCCUUGCCACCAAAGAUUAGUCCUUCACCUCACCUAAAUCAGGUUCUCACUGCUAACCGCGAACAGCUAGGUAGGAGGUGGAAAUACCAACAGAAACUUUUGAUAGGCCUUUGCAAACGCUGGCGCAGAGAUUAUUUGAUGGACUUGAAAUCAGCCCACAGGGUGAACAGUCGUACUCCAACACUACUUAAAGUAGGAGAUGUAGUUCUUUUGGGGGAGGACAAUACACCCAGACAGACAUGGAAAAUGGGUAGAAUUGUAGAGGUCUUUCCAGGCAGGGAUGGUCUCAUACGUUCAUGCAAUGUUGUUGUGACUUUUUUACACUUAUGUUAUUCGGUAUAUUUGCAUGAUAAGUGACUGAUUUACAAUUAUAUGUUAAGCAUAAUUUACAUGAUGAUUAUUAUUAAUUGUAUUGAACAUGAUUGUAUAUAAUUACAAAGGUGAAGUGAAAUAUAUUUAAGUGCAAGACAUGAUUUAUUUGAAUAGAGGAAGUCUUUUAUUUUGAAGAAUGCUUAAGGAUCUGUUACUGUUUGUCACUAUCUUGCUUUGUUGACUUUUGAUUGCUAUUGGUUACGAACAGCUGUUGCUCGUUAUCAGCUGACGCCGUUCUUUUUCUCUUCAAUAAAUACUGAACAGAAAGGUUCAGUAAAAGAAA